GUGACGGGAUGUUUUAAGUGGGCUACACGGAUGGUCGACAGCCGAGGUGUAAAAGCUGUAACUUUCUUUUACCGUUUCCAGCCGUGCUAUCGAAAUUUAAAACUUUAAAUUCGUUGCUGUGGGUUUUGUGGCGCCAGCGGCGGCGUUAUUUUGAAUUCAUGGACAAAGACAAGUGUAGCGAUAUUCAUGGUCAGUGCUCCUGGAUGGAGAUGCAUCAGUUCCUCGGUGACCUUAUCACAUCUGGAAACUCCUCAAAAAAUCCGCCAGAUGUGUUUAAUGCAGCAUGGGGCGUGGCAGGAGGUGGUGCUGCUGAUGGUGCUCUUGCGUUCAAAGCUACAUCGUUUGAGCCACUUAGACCUGUUCAGGAAAAGAUGGGUGCAGGGGCAUCACAGAGGGCGAGAGAGACCAGAGACCGGAGAGAAGCUUUAGAUCUGCAUCAUGCCUGCACCUGCCCUGGCUGUCCUUUCUCCAGUCUCCCUCCUUCAUUUGAGACCCUAACAUCCAGACAGCCUCUGUCCUUGCCGCCACACUCAGAGACCAUAUCCCACCCAAAAGAUCUCAGUAUUGCUGGUCCAGUGAGCCUUAGCAUGUGUUUACCAGAGUCCACCUUACCCAGCAGCACCACCACCACUACAUCUGAACUAGAGACGGGCCUGCCCAGCCGAUCACAGAACGAGGAUGUAGACAGAGGGACUCAGAGCCAGAACCAAAACUCUGAUGUGCCUCCUUCAAGAGCGUCUUUGUCCCAUCUUUCUAUGUUUCCCCACUUGUGUUGUCACCCCGGCCUGCAAACUUGUACCCAGACACUAGGCCGCCAGGAGGGCACAGACUCCCCGUUUUCUCACACCCACGCUCACCAUCACUUUCACCACCACCACUGCCCUUUAACGUCCUGUUUACCCUGCCCCCAGCUCGCCCACUCGCACUCUGCUCGGCUCUCUGGCGCGUUUCCAUGCUUGUCUUGCCCUCACUCCUUUCAUGCCUGUAAUCAGGUGUGCCACCGUCAGCACAGGCAAGCACAGCAGCAGGAGGAGAGGGUUAGGACGUCUACAACCUUGCUGUCGUCACUGCAUCCCUGCAUGCACUGCUCCGCCUCAUUUUCUAGACCGUCCCAGCUGCUACAACACCAGCGCUCCGAGCACGCUCACAAACCAGCCGGGUUCAUUUGCACAGAGUGCGGCAGGGCCUUCAAUUCACACAGCAACCUCCGCAUACACCUCAAUGUGCACACUGGUGCACGGCCCUACUCCUGCUCCGACUGUGGGAAAAGUUUCAGCCAGUCUGGAGCGCUGAAGAUCCACAGGCGGAUUCACACGGGUGAAAAGCCAUAUUCAUGUGGCUUCUGUGGCAGAGGUUUCCCCCAUCUGGCAGGGGUGCGUGCCCACCAGAGGACGCACACAGGAGAGAAGCCCUACCGCUGCAACCAGUGUGGCAAGUGUUUCACCCAGUCCGGAGCGCUAAAGAUCCACACUCGCAUCCACACUGGAGAGAGACCCUUUAUCUGCAGCAUCUGUGGCAAGGGCUUUUCCAACCGCUCCGGGAUCCGUUUCCACUACCGCACAGUCCACGGGCUGGCUCCUGAGGUCACAGGGGAGACUGGAGGCGUGUACCGAGGACCCACAGGUCGUGCUUGUCAGCCCGGGCGCCCCAGAACGACACCUCCAACCGGCGCUGCGUUAAAUGCACCCAACAGUCCAGGUAUCGACUCACACGCAAUUCUGAAUACUCGGGAUUCCUCAGAUUUAAUUGCUUCUCAUCCCGCCUCUACACCGAUCAGUGGGAACGAGGGCAAAGCUCAGCCAGAAGGAGCAAGAGAGGGGCUGCCGUAUGCAUGCGAAGACUGCGGCCUGCGCUUUAAAGACGCACUGUCCAGGAACAGACACCAGUCUCUGGUGCAUUACUCCCACGAGGGAAGAGAGGAGGAGGGGCAGAGGGAAGAGUUCAGCACAGAUGCUGAAAGUGAAAGAGAGUAAAUUACUGCGGCUGGUAGAUUAUAACAGACUGAACAUCUUAUGGAAUCUGUUCUUUAAGCAAAACUGCUUUCAAAUUGGAAAUUCAGUAAUAUUGCACUCCUUUUUAAGUGUUUUUCUGAUAUUUCACACUAAGAUUGUGCUGAAACUCAACACUAAACCUUUUCUAUUUAAACACAACCACAGUUUACUUUUAGAAUUCAUGUAUUUUUUUUUUCUACUCUCCAUCAGCUUUUCAGUCCUGAUGUAUGUGAGUAAGUGUCGUGUAUGUAAAGAUUUACCCCAUUUUAGCAGUCCUUUAUAUAUCCAGGUAAAGAAAAUAAAAAUCUAAUUUCCAAGAGAGCCUGAUGUCCAUCCAUCACACACACCAAACCAACUGGUUGCUAACACAUCUGUGUAAUUGUGCCUU